CGUGUACAAUCCAUUCUCUGCUUUCAUUAAGUCUUGUUUUUGCUGACACAAUUUGUAAUAGGCAGUAUAAUCUCAGUCGAUUAUAGAGAGAAUAAUUCAUGGCUGAUAUGAAUCAAGUGAACAACGGUUCUGAGAACACCAGCUAUAUAAUGGACGAAAGCGAUGUGAGAGGAAAACCGCAAAACCAUGACGCUCCACGUGAGAAUACGCACACUGAACAAUUUUCUAUUCCCAUGACUAAACGAAGGAUAAUCAAAAACUUGAUAGUCAUAAGUUUUGGAUUCUUGUUUUUAUUCACCACAUUUCAAGCUCUUGCAAACCUUCAAAGCACUUUAAAUAGUGAAGAUGGGAUUGGUGUGGCCUCACAGAGCAUUAUUUAUGGGGCCUUAAUCGUAUCGUCGCUGUUUCUUCCAGCAAUUGUAAUAAAAAAAUUAGGUUGUAAACGCACGAUGGUGUUGGCGAUGUUAUGUUACACGCCCUAUAUUGCAGCCAAUUUUUAUCCUCACUGGGGAACUCUCAUACCAUCUGCUUUGAUCUUGGGCCUUGGAGCUGCUCCCUUGUGGUCUGCAAAAUGUACUUAUUUGAACGAAAUAGGCUUUCGUUAUACUGAGAUGGUCAAUGAAACCGAAGACACGAUAAUCGUCCGCUUUUUUGGAAUAUUCUUCAUGUUCUUCCAAUCCACUCAAAUUUGGGGAAAUCUCAUAUCGUACUUCGUCCUGCGUCCAGAAAAUGAAAUAAUGUAUUUAGUUAACGAUUCCGAUGCCAGUUUAUCUUUCUGUGGAUCAAACUUUUGCAAUCAAGUUCAAAGCCCAAAUCUUGUACGUCCAGAAGACACUAAAGUUUACAUGUUAAUUGGAAUCUAUUUAGCUUCUGCUAUUUUUGGAGCGAUUUUGCUCGAACUGUUUCUUGAUCCUUUAAAACGAGAAUUCGUAGAGUUUGAUAAGAAGCUAACAGGAGUCCGACUAUUGCUUGCAACAUUAAAACACCUAAAAAAUCCCUGUCAAAUUGUUAUUAUUCCACUUACAAUAUACAGUGGUUUAGAGCAAGCCUUUUUUCUUAGUGAAUAUACAAAGGCUUACAUUGCAUGUUCUUGGGGUAUUCACAGAAUUGGUUUUGUACUAAUCUGCUUUGGUGUUGUAAAUGCUGUAGUCUCUCUGCUUUCGGGGCCUUUAGUAAAACUGGUGUCCCGACUCCCCAUCUUCAUCACAGCGGCUCUAGCUAACUUGGGGAUUACUAUCACCUUUCUCUACUGGGAACCUAAUUCUAGCCAAACUGCAGUUUUGUUGGCACUGGCUGGUAUCUGGGGCUUCAGUGAUGCAGUGUGGCAGACGCAAAUUAAUGCUUUUUAUGGAAUUAUAUUCAAGAAGAAUGAAGAGGCAGCUUUUUCUAACUACAGACUCUGGGAGUCCAUCGGCUUUAGCAUGGCCUUUGCCUACAGUAAUUACUUAUGUGUGGACGUUAAGAUCUACAUCCUUAUAGGCUUCCUAGUAUUAGGCAUUAUUGGAUACUUGGCCAUCGAAUUUUUCAAGAAACGACACAGUAAAGGAAUGUUUUGGUUAUACCUUGAUUAGGUUUCAUUUGACGUGGGAUGAAAAUCUGAACAAAAAGUAUGAGCUCGCAUGUUUUCUUAAUGUUUUGACAUGAAGGUUUAAAACGUUCUAAGAUAUGAUUGAAAUAAUAUGAAAAGUUGUGUAGUGAUGAUCUAAAACUCUUUAAUUCAAAUAGCGUCAUAUAAUUUUCAUAUAUAUAUGAUUUUUCGACAAGUUGGUGUCU